CCUCCUCGCCCUGCGCGCCGCGCGGAGUCCGGCGCGCGCCGGGGGCGGGGCGGGCGCCGGGGGUGCGGGCCCCGCGGGGCGGCCAUGGAGUGAGCGGGUGGCGGGCGGACUCGCGCUCGGACCGACGGACGGACGCACGGACGCAGCGACAGGCGGCCUCGGGCUCCGCGCGCUGGAAGAUGAACAGAGCAGACUCACCCAAACCACCGCUUGCACCCAAGCCCAAGGCGACCAGCCCACGCACGCCCGGGACGGCCCCCGCGUUCCCCGCCUCACCCCGGACCGACAGUCUGCACAGCCCAAACUCCACGCCCAGGGGUCCCAAGCCCCCCAUCGCCCCCAAGCCCAGGCUGGCUGCCCCCAGCGAGUGCAGAGCCGGCGUGCGCGUGCGCAACAGCGCCAGCAAAUGCCGCAACGGGCGGCUGCUCUGCGUGGACAGGGGCCUGGAGGACGCGCGCCCGUGCAGCGCCGAGUGCUCCGAGUCGGAGACGGACGAGGACUACAUCGUGGGCCCCGGGACGGGGGGCUGUGCGGAGAACGAGGCUGCGCAGGAGCCGCCCGGCGCCCCCAGGGACGAGGAGGGAGGCCAAGGGCAUGGUGGCCAGGAGACAUGCGUUGGCGAGGACCCGGCUGAAGGGGCGCCCAGCGGAGAGGGCGAGGGGCACACAGGCCACGCUCCGGAAAACGAGGAGGACGACUGUGUCGACGGCCGGGGGACCGAGGAGCAGGGCUCCACCAGCGAGGAGGAGGAGAAGCUGGUGAAGGCGCACAACGCCUACAACCUGGGGGCCCCGGGGCCCUGGGACGCGGGUGAGGUCUCAGAGGACGAGAUCAUCCUCACGCACGUGGACGCAGAGGCCCCCGCGGUCCCCUUCCAGGAACCCGAGCCCCCCGAGGCCCCCGGGGAGGCGGAGGAAGAUGGCGAGGAAGACCCCGCGGGCGCAGAACCCGGGGGGCUCCCCGAGGCCGCGGACUCGGACGGGGCCGCCCAGGACACCGGGCAGGAUGCGGAUGCCCGCGAGGAGCCCCUGGAGAAUGAGGAGCCGGCCACCGACGUCCAGGGCCCGGAGACCCCUGGGGAGGAGGGUGAGGGCGGCACAGGCGGCGGGGACCCGGUGGGUCAGCAGGAAUCACCGGACCAGGAAGAAAGGGCAGCCGCCGCCCUGGAGGUGGAGGAAGGCCCCUGGGCCGGAGGGGACCCUGCGCAGGACGAGCCGGCCGCUCAGGACGAGCCCGCCGAGGACAGCUGCCAGAUCAUUCCUUUCGAAAACGACAGCAUGGACGACUUGGUGGCCUCGCUCACAGGAAGUCCCUACGCCUUCUUUCCCACCGAGAGCACCUCCUUUUGCAGCGAAAGCGAUUCCCAUUUGCAGGAACCCGCGCCCUGCGCCCACCUGGUCCCCGGGCCGCAGGGCGAGGCUGCCGAGGGGCCCUCGGUCCCCGACCUGGUGGUCGUGCCAGAGGACGAGGACGCCACCGACGACUCGCUCAGUGACCCCUACGUGAUGGGGGUGGGCCUGCCGAGCCCGGCUGACCCCGGAGAAGGAGGACAGCGUGGGACACCGGCCGCGCUGGGCGGCCACGACAGCGCGGAGGACGCGAGCGCCGAUGCGGAGGGCGGCCUGGCCCCCUCGGACAGGAAGAGCAUGGCCACCAGGGCCCGGCCGCACUCGGGGAAGGUGGCCGGCUACGUCCCAGAAACUGUCCCCGAAGAAACGGGGCCGGAGGCUGGGUCAUCGGCCGCGGGCCUCGGAGGUGCCGCGGAAGAAGCCAGAAGGACGGCGCUGGCGUCGGAGGGGACGGGCCUGGAGGCCGGCAGGGCCUUGCCCGCCAAGCCCAGGGCCUUCACGCUCUACCCGCGCUCCUGCUCCGUGGAGGGCCGGGAGGUCCCCGCGUGCAUGUACCGCGAGCCCGAGGGCGCCGCGCUGGACGACGCCAGGAUCAGAAGGAAGGAGGACAACCUGUCCCUGCCCUGCGUGAUCGGCUCCUCGGGGAGCUUCUCGCAGCGGAACCACCUGCCGUCCAGCGGCACCUCGACGCCGUCCUCCGUGGUGGACAUCCCGCCCCCCUUCGACCUGGCCUGCAUCACCAAGAAGCCCAUCACCAAGAGCUCCCCGUCCCUGCUGACCGAGAGCGAGUCCCCCGACAAGGCCAAGAAGAAGAAGUCGUCCUUCAAGCGUUUCCUGGCGCUGACCUUCAAAAAGAAGACGGAGACUAAGGUGCACGUGGACGUCCACGUGUCCUCCUCCAGGUCCUCCUCCGAGUCCAGCUACCACGGACCUUCCAGGCUGCUGGAGAUGGACCGGAGAAGCUUCGGGAACUCGCCGCAGCUGAAGUCCCGGACCGGGAAGCUGCGGGCCUCGGAGUCGCCGUCGUCCCUCAUCUUCUACAGGGACGGCAAGAGGAAGGGCAUCCCCCUGAGCAGGACGGUGUCCAGGGUGGAGUCCUUCGAAGACCGCUCCCGGCCGCCCUUCCUGCCCCUGCCGCUGACCAAGCCGCGGUCCAUUUCCUUCCCCAACGCCGACACCUCGGACUACGAGAACAUUCCGGCCGUCAAUUCCGACUACGAGAACAUCCAGCUCCCGCCGCGCAGGCCCGCCCGCGCCGGCACCUUCACCAAGCUGUUCGAAGAGCAGGGCCGAGCGCUGUCCACGGCCAACGAGAACGACGGCUACGUGGACAUGAGCAGCUUCAACGCCUUCGAGAACAGGCCGCAGGGCGCCGACCAGGACGCAGAGAGCGCCUACACGGAGCCCUACAAGGUCUGCCCCAUCUCGACGGCGACCCCCAAAGACGACCUCACGUCGGAUGAGGAGCAGGGAAGCUCGGAGGAGGAGGACGGCCCUCCGAGAGACCCCAGCCUCACCCACAAGGUGGAAGGACAGUCGCGGGCCCUGGUCAUCGCGCAGGAACUGCUGUCCUCGGAGCGAGCGUACGUGCAGGCCCUGCAGCACCUGCGACUGGAUUUCCACGGAGCUGUCAUGAGGGCCUUGGAUGACCUGGACCAAGGGGGCAGAGACACGCUGGCCAGGGAGGAGCUGAGGCAGGGUCUGAGUGAGCUCCCAGCCAUCCAUGAUCUCCACCAAGGCAUCCUGGAAGAGCUGGAGGACAGGCUGUCCAACUGGGAAGGCCAGCAGAAGGUGGCCGAUGUCUUCCUGGCCAGGGAGCAGGAGUUUGAUCACCACGCUGCGCACAUCCUGCAGUUCGACAGGUACCUGGGUCUGCUGGCUGAGAACUGCCUCCUCUCUCCCCGGCUGGCCACCGCCGUUCGUGAAUUUGAGCAGAGCCGGCAAGGAGGCGGGCAGAGCGUGAAGCAUCGGCUGCUGCGGGUGGUCCAGCGGCUCUUCCAGUACCAAGUGCUGCUCACAGACUACUUAAACAACCUCUGCCCGGACUCGGCCGAAUACGAUGACACACAGGGAGCGCUGACCCUCAUCUCCAAAGUCACAGACCGAGCCAAUGACAGCAUGGAGCAGGGGGAAAACCUGCAGAAGCUGGUCCACAUCGACCACAGCGUCCGGGGCCAAGGAGACCUCCUCCAGCCAGGAAGGGAGUUUCUGAAGGAGGGGACACUGGUGAAAAUCAGGGGGAAGAACAGACACCCCCGGCACCUGUUCCUGAUGAGCGACGUGCUUCUGUACACGUAUCCCCAGAAGGACGGGAAGUACCGGCUGAAGAGUUCCUUGGCAGUGGCCAAUAUGAAGGUCAGCCGCCCGGUGAUGGAGAAGGUGCCCUACGCCCUGAGGAUCGAGACUCCCGACUGCUGCCUGAUGCUGUCCGCCAGCUCCUGCGCCGAGAGGGACGAGUGGUACAGCUGUCUGAGCAGAGCCCUCCCCGAGGACUACAAGGCGCAGGCGCUGGCCGCGUUCCACCACAGCGUGGAGAUUCGGGAGAGGCUGGGCGUCAGCCUGGGGGAGAGACCCCCCACCCUGGUGCCGGUCACACACGUCAUGAUGUGCAUGAACUGCGGUUGCGACUUCUCCCUCACCCUGAGGCGCCACCACUGCCACGCGUGCGGCAAGAUCGUGUGCCGCAACUGCUCGCGGAACAAGUACCCGCUGAAGUACCUCAAGGACCGCAUGGCCAAGGUCUGCGACGGCUGCUUCGCGGAGCUGAAGAAGAGGGGCGGGGCCGUCCCGGGCCCCCUGAGAGAGCGGCCGGUGAGCAUGAGCUUCCCCCUGUCCUCCGCCCGCUUCUCCUCCGGCAGCGCCUUCUCCUCCGUCUUCCCCGCCACCUUCAAGAGGCAGAGGAAAGUCCCCUCGGCCCUGACCGAGGUGACGGCCUCUGGAGAGGGCUCUGCCAUCAGCGGCUACCUGAGCCGGUGUAAGAGGGGCAAGCGGCACUGGAAGAAGCUCUGGUUCGUCAUCAAAGGCAAGGUGCUCUACACCUACAUGGCCAGCGAGGACAAGGUGGCCACGGAGAGCAUACCUCUGCUGGGCUUCACCAUCGCCCCGGAGAAGGAGGAGGGCAGCAGCGAGGCCGGGCCCGUGUUUCACCUUUACCACAAGAAGACCCUGUUUUAUAGCUUCAAAGCAGAGACUUCCAGUUCCGCUCAGAGGUGGAUGGAGGCCAUGGAGGAUGCGAGCGUGCUAUAGCAGCCGCCCUGGCCCCUGACUCGGAGCCGGCGCUCGGGUGGACACUGAGCCCUUGCCGAAGCCCACCCGGGUCUCAGCCCAUCCGGACGCGCGUCUGGCUUCAGCUCGGGGCUCGACCUCCCUGCUGGGACCCCACCCGGCACCUCCGCAGGUGGAAUAUUUAUGGACCGCUCUCCUCUGUCUUGGUGUCGCCCAGCCCCCGCCCUGAACCACUUCCUCCUCCGCCAGCGAGUGGAACGAAACACUUAGGUCACUUGAAGAUGGAAGCCGGGAGAACAGGGCACGUUGAGAAGGGCCGGCCGGGGCAGCCGGGGGCUCUCGCAGCGCUGACUCCUGGGAAACGUCACCCCUGCCCUCAGGUGGCUCUGGGGGCCUCCGGUGGAGUGAGACAUGACCCGGAAGAGCCAGUCUCGUUGGAAGCACUUUAUUUGGCCGAGUGGCCGCCUCCGGCACCCGGUUUUCCAAACGACCUGUGGACGGUCGGAGUCCUGGGGACGGGUUUGCCACCAGCCAGGCGUCCGAUGAGGACGCACGUGGAGUUGGCCUGGGCAGACCUGGCGGUGGCCGCAGAGGGACCGAGCCCCGCUGGAUGCUGAGGGGAGGAUCUGCCCCGCGGCUGCGGCGGCUGCGGCUGGGACCCGUCACCUGCCGUCGCUUCCUAAUGGAGGGCUCCCCCUUGUCCUCGGGAGUCUGGAAACAGCGGUUGACAGACGCCCACCCUCCGGAGACUCGGCAUUGGCGCUCACCUACCGCGUGUCUCCCCGCGUCCACGUGCUUACGGGAACCUUACCGUGGCCGCUCGGUGGCCCUCGGGCCCUGCCGGGGCGAUCUGAGGGUCCUGCUCCCAGACCCUUUUUAUUUUUCAAAAGAAGCUAAAAGGAAGGAAAGAUGAGACGCAUCCGAAGGUAGGUUCCCCGUCUGGGCAGAUGGCUCUGCUCCCGCCGAGGACGCACAGGGUCGAGGCUUGAGGACACUGCACGCCGGGCCUGGCCGCCCACCUCCUGCGGGGACGAUGUGGCUCCUGACGCUGGAUUUUUUUUUUUUUUUUUUUUUUUUUUUAAUGGAAAGUGGAGAGGGGACGAGGGCAGGGUGUCACGUCUCUCCGUUCACGUUGGAAACAUCCUGAUCGUUUCCUGACAUCCUGCCUCCCUUCUGCUGCUGCCCCGCCCGCUGCGACAGGCCUUCCUGACAGACCUUGUGUAAAAUGCACCAUCUCAAGGACUUUAUUUACAUUAAAUAUUUUCAGGGAAUUUUUUUUGUUUUCCUAGUUGGCAGUUUUUCUUUAAAAAAAAAAAAAAAAAUGUUUGCAUUAAACGUCUGAUGGGUGAUUGGAACCGGGUCCCUGGACGGCUCCUUUCGUCCCUGUCCGAGGGCUUCAUUCCAGCCGGAUCAUUUUAACCGUGACACACACUUAAGUGGGCUUCCUACAGACCCGCCGGGGCCUUUAGAAAAAGCACACGGGACUUGGGUGCAGCCGGCUCUUAACCGUGGUCUCGUGUUCUCUGUGAUUCUUGAUUACCUGAGGUCAGCAGUGGUCUGAAAAGCAUGAGACGGAAGAUUCCAGAAAUAAAGCAUUCGUA